GAUGGGAUCUGAAGUUUGUGUGGGAGCAGUCUGAUUCUUUCGUUCGAAACGGUGUCGUUUCUGUUGCUGCGAAGCCGAAGUCGAAGCGACUUCGUUCUUCGCUUUGAUCGGAACCGUGGAUUUUCGCCUUGGUGAUUGGAUAUAGGGAAUUUCUACAUGAUGGCGGAGUGAUGCAUUUUUCAAUGACAAAGAUCUGUUCCUGCUAUAGCAGUCAUCUAUUUUUUAUAGUAUCAUAGUCUUAGACUGAUACAUAUGGCUGGGAUUUUAACUGGGGAUCCCUCGAAUAGUGGAAUUUUUGAGGAUGGAUCUUGCUGCAAUUCAAAGGAUGGGCUAGAGGAAGGUGGUCAUUGGUAUAUGUCUAGGAAGGAAAUAGAAGAAAAUUCCCCAUCAAGAAGAGAUGGCAUUGACUUGAGGAAAGAGACAUAUUUCCGAAAAUCAUACUGCACUUUCUUGCAGGAUUUAGGCAUGAGGCUUAAAGUACCCCAGGUAACUAUAGCCACAGCAAUAAUAUUUUGUCAUCGGUUCUUUCUUUGCCAAUCUCACGCAAAGAAUGACAGAAGGACCAUCGCCACAGUAUGCAUGUUCCUCGCAGGGAAGGUUGAAGAGACUCCACGCCCACUGAAGGAUGUUAUCCUUGUUUCCUAUGAAAUAAUUCAUAAAAAGGAUCCUGCUGCUGUCCAGAAGAUCAAACAGAAGGAAGUAUAUGAGCAACAAAAAGAGCUAAUUUUAAUUGGAGAGAGGGUUGUACUUGCAACUCUAGGUUUUGACCUCAAUGUUCACCACCCAUAUAAACCCCUUGUUGAGGCAAUGAAAAAAUUCAAAGCCGCACAGGAUGCUCUUGCUCAAGUUGCAUGGAAUUUUGCUCUUGCUCAAGUUGCAUGGAAUUUUGUCAAUGAUGGGCUGAGGACAUCACUCUGCCUGCAAUUUAAGCCCGACCACAUUGCAGCAGGUGCCAUUUUCCUUGCUGCCAAGUUUCUCAAAGUGAAGCUUCCAUCGGAUGGUGAGGUGGUCUGGUGGCAAGAAUUUGAUGUCACCCCACGCCAGUUGGAGGAGAUUAGCAAUCAAAUGUUGGAACUGUAUGAGCAAAACAGAGUGCUUCCACCUCAAGGGAGUGAAAUGGAAGUUAAUGCCAGUGGUGGACUAAACCAUAGGGGCACAACAAAAGCUCCAGUUGCCAAUGAGGAAUCCUUACCGGCUAAUAGUCAUGCUCAAGCAGGGGUUGGAGUGGUGUCUACUUUGAAGCCUGUAACUGCAAAGCAGUCAUGGCAUCGGCCAGCAUCUGACAAUUCAACUGCUGGUAAUCAUGGAGCACUCGUGAAAGGCACCCAAAAUCUAAGUAAUGAUAGUGGGAGCUCUGAGAUGGGUAGUGUUAUAACUGAUCAGAUGGCAGAUGGAGAGGCUCCGGGUGGAUUUAAAUCUGUGCCAGACCAAAUUGAGGGGGAUAAUGAAGAAGGGAAUGGUGGGAGAGAUGAUACCACGUCAACAAGAGAAUGGAAGAAUAAUGGUGCGUUACACAAGUCAGAGAGGGUGGUGGGUGGUCAAAAUAUGGAGACUCAAGAAGGAUCAUCCCCCAAAUCACCUCAAGAUGGAAUGAUUAAAAUGAUUGACAAAGAUAAGGUGAAAGCAGCACUUGAGAAAAGGAGAAAGUCCCGUGGAGAGGUGAUCAGGAAAAAGGAGUUGGUGGAUGAGGAUGAUCUCAUUGAGAGGGAGCUGGAAGAUGGUGUUGAAUUGGAUGCCAAGGAUGAGAAGAUCAAGCGAGAGAGAAGGCAGAGCUGGUCUAAAACUGAGAGUCCAUGUUAUACCAAGGACCAAGAGCAUACAGGAGAUGGAAACCCUCUUGGAACGGAGGUGGAGAAUAUCGAAGAAGGGGAGAUGUUGGAUGACGCAUCGCCCAAGUUCAACAAUCGGAAGAGAAAGGAAAGGAGCCCACCUGAUAUACAGUCGGAGGCCAAAAAGUGGACUGAUUCUGCUCCUGGGUGCCACCACCGUAGUAAUCACCAAGGGCAUCCUUAAAAGUAGAAUUAUGUGAGGCCAUUUACUUACAGUAUUAGUAUAUGAUUUAUAUCUGGGAUGCCAAAGACUUUUUCCAAGUAGUAGUAUUACACUAUUAUAUGAAUUGGAAUUGGAGGGUAGCUGGUUAUGGCAUGGUAUUUUUGGGUGUUUCAGUGGGAUGGGAGGGCAUUUAUUUAUUUAUUCAUUUAUUGCCACGUUCAUGUUUGCUGCACUUGGUGAUUUAUUAUUAUGUUGUAUUACCCCUGCCCCUCUAACAAUCACAACUCCAUAGCUAAUUCUUUUUGUUAGUGAUUAUUAUAUCGAUAAAGCCAUGGAAUGCAUCAGUACAUACAAUUUCCUCUA